AUGGAUGCACUGAAAUCAGCGGUGCUUGAAACUCGUGCCAGUUUUGAUAUACAAAAUGAUCUUAAGCUUCUGGACAAUAUAGGCAGCAAUCUACAACAUUUAAAUUCACUUCAAAGUUCCGAUCUCAAAGAAAAAAAGGACGAAAUCAAUGAUUUGAAAAAAAAAUUGAAGACGCUGUCUGACACAAUAAGUGAGCUUAAACUAUCGCCAAAACUCAAAAAGGCUAAAAACGAUCUCAUAGAACUUGAAAACCAAAUGUUCAAAAUUGCUAACGGUUUAACAAAGUUGAACAUGGAAAUAAACUCAUUAAAAUUGACGUAUAAUCAAGAUCUUAAGCAGUUAGAUGAUCUUGAAGAUCAAAUACAAGGCUUGAAAGUAGGCUUCAAAUCAAAGUUGGCUGAAAGCUCUGCCGAACCGGAUGAGGUUUCUGAGAAAUCAAAGUUGAUCAAACUCCGACUUUAUGAAUCAUUAGGCUUGAAGUUAGACUCUGGAAGUAAGGAAAUACUUGUGCUCAACAAGCAGGAAAAUAAGACGAGCGUUCUAAAGGUGGAUGAUAGCUACAGUGAGUACUUCAUUUCGAACUACGUCUGGAAUAACAUAUGA